GCCCGGAGCGGUCCCCAGUGCCCAGCCCACCCGGCUCCCCAAGGACCCAGGAAAGCUGCAGCAUCGCCCCCCUCACACCCUCGCAGUCUCCUAAGCCCGAGGCCCGAGCCCCCCAGCAGGCCUCCUUCUCUGUUGUGGUGGCCAUCGACUUCGGCACCACAUCCAGUGGCUAUGCCUUCAGCUUUGCCAAUGACCCUGAGACCAUCCACAUGAUGAGGAAAUGGGAGGGCGGAGACCCGGGCGUGGCCCACCAGAAGACCCCGACCUGCCUGCUGCUGACCCCGGAGGGCGCCUUUCACAGCUUUGGCUACACUGCUCGCGAUUACUACCACGACCUGGACCCCGAGGAGGCGCGGGACUGGCUCUACUUCGAGAAGUUCAAGAUGAAGAUCCACAGCGCCACUGAUCUCACCUUGAAGACUCAGCUAGAGGCGGUAAAUGGAAAGAAGAUGCCCGCCCUGGAGGUGUUCGCCCAUGCCCUGCGCUUCUUCAAGGAGCACGCUCUUCAGGAGCUGAGGGAGCAGUGCCCAUCGCUGCCAGAGAAGGACACUGUGCGCUGGGUAUUGACGGUGCCUGCCAUCUGGAAACAGCCGGCCAAGCAGUUCAUGCGGGAGGCUGCCUACCUGGCUGGACUGGUGUCUCGAGAGAAUGCAGAACAACUGCUCAUUGCUCUGGAGCCUGAGGCUGCCUCUGUGUACUGCCGAAAGCUGCGUCUGCACCAGCUCAUGGAUCUCAGCAGCCGGGCCCCAGGUGGUGGGCGCCUGGGCGAGCGCCGCUCCAUCGACUCCAGCUUCCGGCAGGCCCGCGAGCAGCUGCGAAGGUCCCGCCACAGCCGCACGUUCCUGGUGGAGUCAGGUGUAGGAGAGUUGUGGGCAGAGAUGCAAGCAGGAGACCGCUACAUGGUGGCAGACUGCGGCGGAGGUACCGUGGACCUGACCGUGCACCAGCUGGAGCAGCCCCACGGCACCCUCAAGGAGCUCUACAAGGCGUCUGGCGGCCCUUACGGCGCGGUGGGCGUGGACCUGGCCUUCGAGCAACUUCUGUGCCGCAUCUUUGGCGAGGACUUCAUUGCCACCUUCAAAAGACAACGGCCGGCAGCCUGGGUGGAUCUGACUAUCGCCUUCGAGGCUCGCAAACGCACGGCCGGCCCGCACCGUGCAGGGGCGCUCAACAUCUCGCUGCCCUUCUCCUUCAUCGAAUUCUACCGCAAGCAGCGAGGCCACAACGUGGAGACCGCCCUGCGCCGGAGCAGUGUGAAUUUCGUGAAGUGGUCCUCACAGGGGAUGCUCCGGAUGUCAUGUGAGGCCAUGAACGAGCUCUUUCAGCCCACCGUCAGCGGGAUCAUCCAACACAUAGAAGCGCUGCUGGCGCGGCCCGAGGUGCAGGGUGUGAAGCUGCUGUUCCUGGUGGGCGGCUUUGCGGAGUCGGCCGUGCUGCAGCACGCGGUGCAGAUGGCGCUGGGUGCCCGCGGCCUGCGUGUCGUGGUCCCGCACGACGUGGGCCUCACCAUCCUCAAGGGCGCGGUGCUCUUCGGCCAGGCGCCGGGUGUGGUGCGGGUGCGCCGCUCGCCGCUCACGUACGGCGUAGGCGUGCUCAACCGCUUUGUGGCUGGGCGCCACCCGCCCGAGAAGCUGCUGGUGCGCGACGGCCGCCGCUGGUGCACGGACGUCUUCGAGCGCUUCGUGGCCGCGGAGCAGUCAGUGGCCCUGGGCGAGGAGGUGCGGCGCAGCUACUGCCCGGCGCGGCCGGGCCAGCGGCGCGUGCUCAUCAAUUUGUACUGCUGCGCCGCCGAGGACGCGCGCUUCAUCACCGACCCGGGCGUGCGCAAGUGCGGCGCGCUCAGCCUGGAGCUCGAGCCCGCCGACGGCGGCCCGGACACCGCCGGCGCGCCCCCUGGCCGCCGCGAAAUCCGCGCCGCCAUGCAGUUUGGCGACACCGAGAUUAAGGUCACCGCGGUCGAUGUCAGCACUAAUCGCUCGGUGCGCGCAGCCAUCGACUUCCUUUCCAACUGAGGACGCGCGGGCGCUGUGCCAGCCCUUUCUGCCCGGCCCCGCCCCCUUUCGGUCCCAGAGUCUGGGGUGCGGGGUGGGGGGGAGGAACCUGCUUGUUCUGUUAUCAGCGCCUCUUUCCCCGCCCUCCAGCCGGGGGAAGAUGAGGUCAUGGGAGGCUGGGUGCGGAAACUCCAGACUAUGGCUUUGGGACUGGGCCCUGGUCCACUGACUGGAAGGCUGAAAGGAACUGCCAAGGACUUGAGUAGAUAAGGGAUAAUUAUAAGAGGCACGCAAGACCAUGCGCCCAGCCUGGCAGGGGGCAUGUGACCCCGAAGGCAGGAUGCAACAGAAGACCGAGCCCUGGCCUGAAUUUGGGAGCCCCUGCCUGAACUUGGCCGGGUGGGGAUUCGGGAAGGGAUGGAGGCAGUGGGAGGGGAGAGCCACAGCAGGGAGGUUGUGCAGGGCCUGGACCUGAAGGGCUGGAGUUCACCAAGUGAUGGGCUCAGCCCAUACAGGGAAGCGCUCAGAGCAACCCUGUGCUGUGGGGAAAUGACCAGAAACGGACACCAGAGGGACAGGUGUAGUAGCACCUUCCUGGGUGUGGCACUGACCACCGAAGUAUAACUGAUUAUUGUAGAAAGGGCAGUAGCUAACUAAUGGGGAGGAGGGUGCAUUAUUAUGGUGAAGGCAGUUAUGAGGGGAUGGGAGCAUGCUGGAGGGCCUUUCCUUCCAGACAACAUACCUAUCUGGAAAGGUCCCAAGGACAGCCAAUGAAUGACCCACUUGCACCCCACCCCAGCCACGGAAGGGCAGCUGGAGGGUGGAUAGGAAGGACAGAGAGAGCACUGAGGGCUGGUCCCAGCUCUGCCAUUGACUUGGUGUGCCAGAGGACAUUGUGACAUGGCCCUCAGUUUCCCCGAAUGUGAAAUGUCAAGACACCUCUCUCCACCCAUGAUAUGCAACAGCCCCACCUACCUUAGAACCCAAAGGUGACAAUAAAGCAUUUAGGCUCAAGGGGAA